AUGGAUAAAGAUGUGGAUGUGACAAAGUUAACAGCCCAGGCACUCCAAGUGCACAUCGAGCGGUGUGAGCGGUUGAUGAAGCAGCCGGCACUUUUGAGCCGCCUACCGGAUGGUGGAAACGGUAUCCGCGAACGCUACUCGAAAUAUUUAGCGGAGGUGGAGCGCCGUAAGACCAAUGGUGCCGCUUCUGCCUUGACAGCACAAAAGGACGGUGACGGCGAGGUGCGUGACGAAGACGAGGCCCAAAGCCGUCCUGCAGCAGUAGAGGGAUGUCAAGACGAAAAAACAGUGGGUGACACAACAACAGCGGAAGUAACUUACGAGGAGGAGGCCCGCGCCAUUGGUGAACGGCACAGACAUUUUAGGGUACCCGUAGAAGAGAUUGUGCGUAGAACGUUUGGCGGAUCUCUUUGCGACAGUGAACUGCAGCGUAUUAUCAACGACGUACCACCUGGCUUCUUCUUGACGUACGAGGAAACAAUGUCGAUGGAGCGGAAGCUUAUGGAAGAGGAACGUGCUGAGACGCUCGAGCGGCUGCGGCGUCAGCGGUCUGCUGGAGGUGUACAAUGA